AUGAACCCCAAGAGAAAUUUGCACAGCGAGUUUGAGGCGCUGAGACGGCACAAGGCCAUGUACGACAUCGACCAUGCGGACAAAACGGUAUUCAUAUCGACGAAGAUACGCAUUUCACCAUCUACAUGUCCUUUGAAGGGCAUUUCGAGUUCGUUCUGCUGCCCAGUAUGGUCUCUCGUCGUUUCAUUCGAUGUCACGGCGACUGAGAACCAUGGUAAGAUUCUUUCCGUGGCAUUGGGAUCAAGAAGGACUGUACUG